AUGUAUAGGGUAGAGAUUGUCAAAAAAGGAACAACCAUGUCUUAUCGUUAUGCUUAUACGAACGGUGCUGGAUAUGGUGAUGGUGUAAUACCAUAUCAGAAUGGCGCAAUGCCAGUCUACAGUGGCGAUAGAAAUCAAAGAUCUUAUUCUCCCGAUCGUUAUUCAUCGUUUACAACAAAUACUUCAAGUAGUGAUUAUGAAUAUCGUGGCCGUCUAAUAUCACGAGAAGUCCGAAGACCUAGAGACGUAAUUCGUGCACCAACACCACCACCUAUAAUUAAACGAGUGGUUGAACGAGCACCAACACCUGAGGCACCAGUCAUGGAGCGAGUAAUAAUUCGGCCACAAGCACAAGAAAUUGUUGAACGUGUAAUUGAACAGCCACGUACCCCGCCACCGCGAAUUAUCCAGAAAGAAAUGCAUGAAGAAGCUCCACCACCUAUAGUUCGAACCAGAGUAAUCAAAGUUGAUCGCCCUGUCCGUCGUGGUUAUAGUCAAUCAGGUUCUCCUGCUGUCGUAUCCUACCCUGUUAGUGGUCUACAUCAAGAUUACUCAAAUGGUUACCGUGCACAAAGUAUCAUUGGCUCGACUGGUGCGCCAGCAUAUCAUCAAAGUCGUUCGUCAUCUUCGAGUUUCGAAUAUAUGCCUCCCACAAUGCCGGGCAUGGUUUUACCAGGACAAUCACCAAUGGCACCCGCAAAUGGAGCCAUGAUGAUGGGAGCACAAAUGGGAGCACAAAUGGGAGCACAAAUGGGAGCAGCUUCACAAAUGGGAGCAGCUGCAGCUCGACAAAAUCAAAUGAUGUAUCGACCUGUAAUGACGACAGGUAUGCAAGGAUUAGGGCCGAUGACUGGUUCUCCUUAUCAACAAUUUCAACAAGCGCCAGCGACAUCAAUGCCUCAAACCAACUACAUGUAUCCAUACCAACAAGGUACCGGUGGAAUGACAUUCGGAUAUAGGCCAAUGAUGUCAACACCAGGUGCACCUCUUGUUCAACAAGGUUAUCAAAUGCAGAUGCAGGGUGGUGGCAUGCCAUUAAUGCAACAACCCUAUCCAACUGCUCCCAUGUUCAAUACAGCUAACAGCAUGCCUCAUCAAUUAGUGUAUUAG